AUGCCCUCCUCAGAAGGCGCAGAACACGGCAAUGGCUCCCACGAGUCCCGUCCCAGGAAGAAAGCCAACCCGCUGGUCCCAGGCGUCUACGUUCCGACACCAGCCUUCUUUAAGGACGAACAGGACGAGCCAGUUGACCUGGACAGCGUGGCCAAACACGCCGUGCGCCUGGCCCGCGCAGGCGUCACCGGAAUAGCCGUGCAAGGCUCAAACGGCGAGGCCGUGCACCUCCUCGACUACGAGCGGGACCACAUCACGCAAAUCACACGCAGCGCCCUCGAUGAGGCCGGCUUCAAACACAUGCCCCUUGUCGUGGGCUGCGCCGCCCAGUCGACCCGCCAGACCAUCGAGCUGUGUAAGCAGGCGGCUCUGAACGGCGGGGACGCGGCGCUGGUCCUGCCGCCGUCCUACUACCAGGGCCUGUUCGACAGGGAAACCGUCUUCAAGUUCUUCACCGACGUCGCCGACGCCAGCCCCAUCCCCCUCGUCAUCUACAACUACCCGGCCGCCGUCUCGGGCCUGGACCUGUCGAGCGACGCCCUCACGCGCCUGGGCAGGGCCCACCGCAACAUCAUCGGCGCCAAGUUCACGUGCGGCAACACCGGCAAGCUCGCCAGGGUCGCCGCCGACUUCACGGGCGCGCCCGUCCCCAGCGCGAGCGCCGACGAGGCCUACGCAAACGACUACCCGGACUUCCUCUGCUUCGCUGGCUCGGGCGACUUCCUGACGCCGGCCAUGGCCGCCGGCGCGGCGGGCGUGAUCCCAGGCAUCGCGAACGUCGCGCCCGCAACGGUGGUGAAGCUGUACCGGUCGCUGGCUAAGGGUCAGGGCGGCGACCAGGCGCUGCAGAAGGUACUUGCACGCGGCGACUGGGCGGCGAUACAGUCCGGCGCCGUUGGCGUCAAAGUAGCGUUGCAAGAGUACUUUGGCUACGGGGGCUGGGCCCGGAAGCCGCUUCCGAGGCCAGAGGGCGAGCGGCGGAGGGAGAUUGUCGAGGGCUUCAGGGAACUGGUCGAGCUGGAGAAGUCUCUAGCUGAGGCCGCUUGA